AUGUCUAGGAGGCCAAAACCAGUCCACACUGUGGAAAGCGAUGACGACUAUGAUGAAAUAAAAACAGUAGAGUUGAACACCGUUGACGAGAUUAACGCCGUGGCAGCACGUAAAUUUCCAAAGCGCCUUUUCGCAACGAUAAAUGUGGGCAAGACGCCAGUAUGCUUUCAGCUCGAUAGUGGAGCCUCAUGCAACGUCAUCUCGGCGAAAACCCUCGAAAAUUGCUUGGGUGAAGUUGAACUAAAGAAGACAACCAAAAGGCUUUCCAUGUACAACUGCACCACGGUGCAACCAUUGGGACUUUGUCAGCUGGAACUCUGCAAUACCAAAAAUGGGAAUGUGUAUCAAGUGGAAUUCACAGUCCUAAGGCAAGAUUGCACUCCCCUUCUUGGGAGCGAAACCACACAAGAAAUGGACCUCAUUCAAGUACGUUUUGAAAACAUUCUGUCCUUAGAUCUUAGCUCAGAGGACAAGCCACUUACCAAAGAAUCACUUAUUGCAAAGUUUCCGGAUGUCUUCAAUGGUACAGGUAAGCUUCAUGGCUCGUACCACCUGGAAAUUGAAGCAGAUGCUAUCCCUGUUGUUCACCCUCCAAGAAAAGUUCCCAUAGCCAUUAAGCCUCAGCUCAAAGAGGAAUUGGAACGAUUGCACAAGCUCGGAAUCCUAGCACCUGUCACAGAACCUACUCCCUGGGUUUCUAGCAUGGUUGUAGUAAAGAAGCCUAAUG